AUGGCUGCUCCUGCUUCGGUGACAAUUGCCGACCUCACUGGCAAAUGGGUCAUGAACAAGACUCUGUCCGACUCCCCUGAGCCCGCUCUCGCCCUCCAGGGUAUCGGUUGGAUGAUUCGCAAGGCCGUCGGUCUCGCUACUGUGACCCUCAUCGUCAAGCAGUACUCGGCGCCGCCUUCUCCUCCCGGCACCGGCGAGCAGCCUGUCACCCAUAUUGACAUUGAUCAGAUCGCUACGGGUGGCCUUAAGGGCACGUCUGAGAAGCGCUGCCUCGACAUGGAGUGGCGCGAGCACUCAGACUGGAUGUUUGGCAGCGUUCGUGGUCAAAGCAAGUGGAUGUCGCCCGAGGAGAUUGAGGAUGAGUUCCUUAAGACGAACUGGCUUGAGGGCGAGGCCGAGGCCACGGGCCCCGACGGCAAGAGCCACAUGUACAGCCACGUUGAGAGCAUCGACAACGGAUGGACAGCGUCUCAAAUCUGGGGCUUUCAGACCAUUAAAGGCGAGCGACGGUACGCGCGCAAUGUGCUUGUGCAGAAGGACGGCAAGAGAGUUGAGAUCCGGCUGGUGUAUGACUGGCUUCCUUAG